CUGAGCUUAGUCCCUGAUCGACCCCUGAGGCUCCUCGCUGCCUCGGGUCAGGUCUUAGGAGCCCAUGGAGGACAAGGAGGAUCCGCAGCAACAGCAUAAAAUAGAAGAUGCUGGUAUAGUAUAUAUAACUGAAAAAGAAGAACUCAAACAUGAGAAAGAACCUGGAAAGAGCAUACCACAUUCAAAACCAUGUGUCAGGAUACGCCGUGUAUAUUAUGCUAAAUUCAUUAACACAAAUGCAAGAACAUGCAAUGAACCAGUUCCCUACAUAGAUCCCAAGAUACGGUCAGAAAAUCAGGAUGACUGGUGGUCACAUGGUAAAGAACCUGAGCAUCACUUUCAACCACCUUAUGACACUAAGAGCACCCAGAGGAGUGACUUUCAAAAACCAGUGUGUCCAUUGGUUUUGCCAGUCAAACACAGCAAGUUGCAAAAGCCUUCUUGUGGAAUAGUUCCACUUGCCUCUCCCGAUGCAUCCGCAGAACUUCAAAAGAAUUUUAUAGAACGAAUCUCCUUUAUACAUCAAUAUGAUUCCAGGAAAACUCCCAAUGAGCCUAUGCGGGGUAAGCGGCACGGAGUUUUUAUGCAGAUAGAGAUAAAACCAGGGAGUAGGCCAAGAGCUCCUCGGGGAACAGAGGCGGUACUGAAUGCUCCAGGGUCAUGCUCAUCAGAACAGCCCAAAAAACCAGAGAAAGGAAACUCAGCAGAGAGCAAAAUGACCUCACCGGGUCUCGGCCAACAAAAGUCCUCAGAGCUGUUAGAGACUAAAACCCCCUUAUCAGAAACAGACGUCAGAGAGGCGGCCAAGGCCUGCCCCACGAGUCCUGCGAGGAGGAAGUCUGUGGACGGCGCUCCAACGACUGCAGCGGAUGCUCUCAUCGCCAGGCACAAUCCUUCAAAUCCGCCCGUGAAAAGUCAGGAUAAAGUACCUUCUUCAGAUAAAGACAUAACCCUUGGAACGUAGAGAAAUUUCAGAAUCAUCAUAUAGGCUCUUGCAUUUGCUUUUUCUCUUAUCAAUAACCUCAAAACAUACAAUUUACAUAAACGAGAGAAUUUUAAAAAAAGACAAUUACAAUAUAUCAAAAUUUUAA